UAAUUGUAGCAAUCUUACAUCAGAGAGACAAAGGCAGCUAGAGUUGCAGGACAUGGUACCAGAAAGAAAAGAGUUACACAGGAAGAGCACUCUGGAGACCUUCAGCAUGACCCCUUUGAGUAUUCAGUUGAGUAUUGAUCAGUGCACAUGUGUAUAAAGAAGCUACAUGAGGCCAGGGAAAGACGCAUAUUAAAAGACUAAAGGCAACAGUAUCCAGCAUUUACCCAUGACUGGGAAUAGGGACUAUUUCCACCAGCCAAAAAAAUAUCAUUUUUCAUGGGCCUUGGCUAAAGUACCCUGAAAGAUCUUAUCAGAGGUAAGGGGAAUAACUAGCCCCAGAUUAAGUACUGUCCUACUCCACCUAUUAAUAGCAAAUCUAAAAGACAGGAUUCAAAAGAAUCAAACUGUUUCCAUGUAACUUAACUGCAUCGCAAAACAAAGCUUGAGGCCUAUAGGAACACAGACAUAACCAGCAAACCAACCAAUCCAAUCCAAACAAUUCACAAUGUUUGGCACCUAAUCAAAAAUUAUCAAGCAUGCAAAGAAGCAGAGAAAUACAAGAUAUAAUGAGGAUAAAAAUUAAUCAGUCAAAAUUGAACCAGAACUGACACAGAUGUUAAGAUUAGCAGAAACUGAAAUUAAAUUUAUUCUAACUGUAUUCCAUGUGUUCAAAAACCUAAGUAAAUAUUUUUUAAAAUCCAAUUGAACUUCUAGGAAUGAAAACUACAGCGUGUGAGGUGAAAAAUACAUUUGAUGAAUUAGCAGCAGAUUAAACAAGAGAAGAAAAGACUAGUAAAUUUGAAAACAUAGCAGUGGAAACUCUCUAAAAUGAACCACAGAAAGAGAAUAUAAUUAUAAUAAUGAGUAGAGCAUCAGUAAACUCUGGAAUAACACCAAUAUAUGUCAUGGGAGUCCCUAAAGCAGAGAAGAAAGGGAAAAUAAAGCAUAUUUAUAGAAAUAAUGGCCCAAAGUUUUCCAAAUUUGAUGAAAUCCAUAAUCCCAUAGACCCAAGUAGUUCAAUGAGCUGCAAGCACAGAAAAUAAGAAAACUAUACUAAGUAAUAUCAUCAUAAAACUGACCAAAACCAUUGAUAAAGAGAAAAAAACUCUUAAAGACAGUAAGAGAAGAACUGUGCUUAGUCACUCAGCUGUGUCCACUCUUUGCAAUGCAGUGAACUGUAGCCCGCCAGGUUCCUCUGUCCAUGGGGAUUCUCCAAGCAAGAAUUCUGGAGUGGUUUGCCAUUUUCUAUUCCAGGGGAUCUUCCUGACCUAGCGAUAGAAUCCCAGUCUCCUGCGUUGCAGGCGGAUUGUUUACCACCUGAGCUAGGAGGAAGCCCAAAUAUAUUUAGUUGGAUCGGUCUUAAUUGUGGCCUGCAGCAUCUCUCGCUGUGGCCCAUGGGCUUCAGACAUUUUAAAAAUGUUUAACAAUGAACUUUACACCUGAAACAACACAAAAGAGGGGGGCGCAACAGUUUCAAGACACUGAAAUUUAAGGAAAAAAAGUAGCUAAGAAUUCUAUACUGAUAGAAAAUAUCUUUAAAUAGUAGAUUAAAUCCUCUUCAGAUAUUCAAAAAUAAUUUAAAAAAUGCAUUUCCAACAAACCUACACUACAAUAAUGAGGGAACUCUUACAGGCAGAAAGAAAAUGGUUAACAUUAAUGUGGAUCCAUGCAACACAGUGAUGAGCACAAGUACAAUAAAUCUGUGGGUAAAUAUCUUACUCUUCAAAGUUUAAAUCUCCUUAAAAAAUAAUUGAGAGGCUGGUGGUUGAGCCUGGGCCAAAGGAAUCAAGUGAGAAAGGCAGCGCUGGUUUCAGUGCAAAGGUAUCCUUGAGCAGCGGGCAGUCAAUGGCGCCGGCGCCUUAUGAUGAGCCUGACGCUGUUGACGUCCUGCGUGCCCCUCCCCGACCAGCACCUCCAUCACCAGGGAAACGAGAAACGGCACCAGAGCAGCUGAGCCGACCCACUGGUUUCAUGGCGGCUCCGAAAACAGCAGCUGGGGGGCCGUUGGUGGGGGCCUUGGUCCAGGGUACGGACUACUCUAAUUUUAUGGUUUUCAAUUCAAAAACAUCAGAAGUACUUAGUCACCAUCGAGUGGAAUUAACCCAAGAGGUCCCAAAAGAAGGAUGGAUAGAACAAGAUCCUAAGCAAAUUCUUCAGUCUGUUAAUGAAUGUAUAGAGAAAACAUGUGAGAAACUUCAAGAACUGAAUAUUGAUAUAUCCAACAUAAAGGCUAUAGGUGUCAGCAAUCAGAGGGAAACCACCGUGGUCUGGGACAAAUUAACUGGUGAGCCGCUCUAUAAUGCUGUGAUGUGGCUUGAUGUAAGAACCCAGUCUACUGUUGAGACUCUUAGUAAAAAAAUUCCAGGAAAUAAUAACUUCGUCAAGUCCAAGACAGGUCUUCCACUUAGCACUUACUUCAGCGCAGUGAAACUUCGUUGGAUUCUUGACAAUGUGAGAAAAGCUCAAAAGGCUGUUGAAGAAGGCAGAGCUCUUUUUGGUACUGUUGAUUCAUGGCUUAUCUGGAGUCUGACGGGAGGAGUUGAUGGAGGUAUCCAUUGCACAGAUGUAACAAAUGCGAGCAGGACGAUGCUCUUCAACAUCCAUUCUUUAGAAUGGGAUAAAGAGCUGUGUGAUUUUUUUGAAAUUCCAAUGGACAUUCUUCCAAAUAUCUGGAGUUCUUCUGAAAUCUAUGGACGAGUGAAAACUGGGACCCUGGAAGGUGUGCCAAUAUCUGGAUGCUUGGGGGACCAGUCUGCUGCGUUAGUAGGACAAAUGUGCUUCCAGGAAGGACAAGCCAAAAACACGUAUGGGACAGGCUGCUUCUUACUAUGUAAUACAGGUCAUAAAUGCGUGUUUUCUGAAUGUGGCCUCCUGACCACAGUGGCUUACAAGCUAGGCAAAAACAAACCCGUUUUUUAUGCACUGGAAGGUUCUGUGGCCAUAGGUGGUGCUGUUAUUCACUGGCUGAGAGACAAUCUUGGAAUUAUAAAAACCUCAGAAGAAAGUGAAAAACUUGCUAAAGAAGUAGGUACUUCUUAUGGCUGCUACUUCAUCCCGGCCUUUUCAGGGUUAUAUGCACCUUAUUGGGAGCCCACUGCAAGAGGGAUCAUCUGUGGGCUCACUCAGUUCACCAAUAAGAGUCAUAUUGCUUUUGCCGCAUUGGAAGCUAUUUGUUUCCAAACCCGAGAGAUUCUGGAUGCCAUGAACCGUGACUGUGGAAUUCCGCUCAGUCAUUUGCAGGUGGAUGGAGAAAUGACGAACAACAAAGUUCUUAUGCAACUGCAAGCAGACAUUCUGCAUAUUCCAGUAAUAAAAGCCUCCAUGCCUGAAACAAUGGCACUGGGAGCUGCCAUGGCAGCAGGAGCUGCAGAAGGGGUGAACGUCUGGAGCCUUAAACCCGAGGAUUUGUCAACCAUCAUGAUGGAACGGUUUGAACCACAGAUCAAAGCCAGAGAAAGUGAAAUUCGUUAUUCUACAUGGAAGAAAGCUGUGAUGAAGUCAAUGGGUUGGGUUACAGGUCAGCCUUCUGAAAGUAGUGAAGCUAAUAACUUCUCUAGUCUGCCCUUGGGUUUUUUUAUAGUGACUAGCAUGAUAAUGUUAAUUGGAGCAAGAUACAUCUCAAGUAUAUUUUCAUAAUACCAAGCAUGGACUCUCAAGAUGUGAGCUUUUCACAAAAUGAAAUAAAUCCAGCAGUUCUGCCUUUUAGUGUGAUGACGCUAUAACAGACUCUAACUUCAUUCAUUUAACACUUAACUUCAUGACUUACAAGAACCCUAGAAGUAGACUUUUGGCUGGAAAUAAAUAAAUUACAGCAGAAAAUG